AUGGACAAUAUGUCUAUUACUAACACACCAACAAGUAAUGAUGCUUGUCUGAGCAUUGUUCACAGCUUGAUGUGCCAUCGACAAGGUGGAGAGAGUGAAACUUUUGCAAAACGUGCAAUUGAAAGUUUAGUUAAAAAGCUAAAGGAGAAAAAAGAUGAAUUGGAUUCUUUGAUUACAGCUAUUACCACAAAUGGAGCUCAUCCUAGCAAGUGUGUUACAAUACAGAGAACGCUGGAUGGGAGGCUUCAGGUGGCUGGUCGCAAGGGAUUCCCUCAUGUGAUUUAUGCUCGUCUUUGGAGGUGGCCUGAUCUUCAUAAAAAUGAACUCAAGCAUGUUAAAUAUUGUCAGUAUGCUUUUGACUUGAAAUGUGACAGUGUCUGUGUAAAUCCUUACCAUUAUGAGCGUGUAGUAUCGCCUGGCAUUGAUCUCUCGGGACUGACACUACAGAGUUCUGCUCCUUCAAGUAUGUUGGUGAAAGACGAAUAUGUUCAUGACUAUGAGGGGCAGCCAUCAUUGUCUUCUGCUGAAGGCCAUUCAGUCCAAACCAUCCAGCAUCCACCAAGUAACAGGGCAUCUACAGAGCCUUAUAGCACCCCAGCCAUGUUAGCUCCUACUGAGGCUAGCACUACCAGCACCACUAAUUUUCCCAACAUUCCUGUGGCUUCAACAAGUCAACCUACCAGUAUAUUGACAGGUAGCCAUAGUGAUGGACUCUUAGAGAUUGCUUUAGGGCCUCAGCCAGAAACUCAGCAGAAUGGGUUUACAGCUCAGCUAGCUACUUACCAUCACAAUAGUACUACAACUUGGACUGGAAGUCGGACAGCAGCCUACACACCUACCAUACCUCACCACCAGAAUGGCCAUCUUCAACAUCAUCCACCUAUGCAUCCUGGGCAUUACUGGCCAGUUCACAAUGAACUUGCAUUCCAGCCUCCUAUAUCAAAUCAUCCUGCUCCAGAAUAUUGGUGCUCAAUCGCAUAUUUUGAAAUGGAUGUGCAAGUCGGGGAAACAUUUAAGGUCCCUUCAAGCUGUCCAAUUGUUACUGUUGAUGGAUAUGUGGAUCCUUCUGGAGGAGACCGUUUUUGCCUGGGCCAGCUUUCCAACGUGCAUAGAACAGAAGCCAUUGAGAGGGCAAGGUUGCACAUAGGUAAAGGGGUGCAGUUGGAGUGCAAAGGAGAAGGUGAUGUGUGGGUUAGAUGCCUCAGUGACCAUGCAGUCUUCGUUCAGAGUUACUACCUGGAUAGAGAAGCAGGGCGUGCACCAGGGGAUGCAGUUCACAAGAUUUACCCAAGUGCAUAUAUAAAGGUAUUUGAUUUACGCCAGUGUCAUCGUCAGAUGCAACAGCAGGCUGCCACGGCCCAAGCUGCUGCUGCUGCUCAAGCUGCAGCAGUAGCAGGAAACAUCCCCGGACCUGGAUCAGUAGGUGGAAUAGCCCCAGCCAUUAGUUUGUCAGCUGCUGCUGGAAUUGGUGUAGAUGACCUUCGACGCUUAUGCAUACUCAGGAUGAGUUUUGUAAAAGGUUGGGGACCUGAUUACCCAAGGCAGAGCAUCAAAGAGACACCGUGCUGGAUUGAAAUUCACUUACACCGUGCCCUCCAGCUUCUAGAUGAAGUACUUCAUACCAUGCCUAUUGCAGACCCACAGCCUUUAGACUGAGAUCCCUCUGCUGCACUGCUACAGGCCAUUAUAUUGUGAGGAUGAUGGAUUGUAAAAUACAGUACUGUUUAUAGCCUGAAGAUAUAAUUUACUUUUGUUCUACUUAAUCUUCUAAACCCAGGUUUUAAAAAUGUGUUUGCCAUCUUGCUCUAAUCAGAAAAAAAUUAAACAUGCAGAAUUUGGAUU